GACAGGGUACGAUGGAGGAGAAGAUCUACGACCGACAAAUCUCGAAACUGUCGCUGUCGAUCAGGGUGGUCGACGAACAGCAGGUGAACCGGCACUACUCGGAGAGCGACCUUCAGGAGUUGUACAAGUUCACGCCAGCCGAUCCGGAUGACAGGCCUAUCCCCAUCGUGCCAAAGGAUCGAUUGCUGUGUGACAUGCUCGAAGAACACAGUUCGCUGAUUUACAAGUGUUCAUGCACGACUCGUUGCUCAGUCACGUCGAAGAGGAGGAGCUAGACGAAGAGGAACAGAGAGCUGCCUGGGAAGAUUACAAGAAUGAGAAGAAGAACGCCCAAAUCUUGAUCGUAUCCAGUCUUCAUCAGUUCCGCCUGACGCCGUUGCAAUGUUGGUCGAUCAGGUAAUCCCAGAACAUGAUGUGCAAAUUAUGACAAAUAUUUUGAGAAAAAAGUUUAAGGACGCUCUUUCUCCUGAGCAACUUAACAGAGUGGUAUUGAAAUCUGUUGAAGAUUGGAGGCGUAGACAAAUUGAUCUCCUUACUGGCGUUACAUCUAAAGCCCUUCCAACAAAUCCCGCAUCUUCCAACAAUCAGGGGAACAAGCAUCAGAUACCAAACAGCAUGUAUCAAUCAGCAGGCAGAUUCGCUAAUAAUGCAGCUACUAAGCCUUACACUGCUGAUUCCACCAAGUGGCCUGUUGCUCUAAGUAACACGUAUGCAGGUGGCACAAUGCAAGCUAAUAGGAUGACUGCUAGAAGGCCAACAACUUCGACUAAUUUCCCUUCAACUAUUAGGAAUGCAAAUGCAAAUAAUGCAUACUUAACCAGUAACUCUGCAAUUCCAGCUAGUAGAACGAUGACUUCAAGUAGCACAUCUUCAAGUAAUGCGAUUCCAGCUAGUAGGACGAUGACAUCAAGUAGCACAUCUUCAAGUAAUGCGAUUCCAGCUAGUAGGAUGAUGCCUUCAAGUAGCACAUCUUCAAGUAAUGCAAUUCCAGCUAGUAGGACGAUGCCUUCAAGUAGCACAUCUUCAAUUAAUGCGAUUCCAGCUAGUAGGACGAUGCCUUCAAGUAGCACAUCUUCAAUUAAUGCGAUUCCAGCUAGUAGGACGAUGACUUCAAGUAGCACAUCCUCAAGUAAUGCAGUUCCAGCUAGUAGGACGAUGGUUUCAAGUAGUGCAAUUCAAACUACUAUGCCAAAAACUAUAACUUUUGAUCCUUCCACAUAUUCAAGUAAUGCUGUACCAACUACUAAGCAGACACCUGCUAGUAGGAUGAUGACUUCUUCCAGUAAAUUUCCUUCCACUAGUAGAUCAACAUUUGCUACUGGUAACUCUUUAAAUACAAGUAAUGCAACUAGUAAAUCUACAACUGCUAGUAAUACUAGCAGUAUAGCUUCAACUAGUAGAGCUACAUCAGUAAUCAAUCCUCCUUCAACUGGUAGAACUACAAGUAGUAAUGCAACUUCAAACAACAUACCUUCAAAUAGUAACCAAGCUACUGCCAGUAAUUCAAUUUCAACUAAUAAUCCCACAUCUGCAAGUAAUACUAGUAGGGCAAGAAUCACAUCUGUGAUUCAAAAAGCAUCAACCAGUAACACUACCUCUGAAAGUAAGCCAAGUUCCAGCGAGAAUAAAUCAAAUAAUGAAGAUUGAAGACUGAAUAUUUUUCCGCAAGCUGCAAGAAUUUAUUUCUUUAUUUGAUAUUGAAUUUAACAGUUUUAUUUCUUCAAAAUUAUAACUUUCCUCUGAAAAUAAACCAAGUUCCAGUGAGAGUAGAUCAUCAAAUAAUGAAGAUUGAAGACUUAAGAACUGUAAUUAAUUUUUCUACAAAAUGCAAGUUGCAAGUAUUUAUUUCUUUAUUUGAUAUUGACUUUAAGUACAGUAUUCGUUUCUUAUAAAUUAUAACAUCCAAUAAUGAUAUUACCAAUCAAACAAUCACAUCUAUACCUAAUACACGUACAAUUUAUGGGCUUUCUAUGAAAGCGUCCACAAGUUGUAAAGAUAGUUAAAAACUUGAUGUUAUUGAAUAAUUAGGUAUUUGGAUUUAAAUUUGCAUAUAUCAGCUAUAUUCAUCAAACAUUGAUGUUUAAUACAUGUGUAUUAUUACCUAUUAUUAUAAUUAAAAAAGCUGCCUAUCCUUUUGUAGAAAAAUUCAAUUUUAAUUUAACCAAUUCUAUUCCAAUUUAUAUUUUUUUAAUUAAAUUUGUCAGUCUAGAUUUGU